AUGCAUUUCACCACCCUCGCUUUCGCGGCUGGUCUCGGCUUAGCCGCUGCACACGGCGCCGAUUCUGGCGACAGGCUUCCCGUGCCCCAGAUCAUGACUGGGAGACGCGCCAUGCAGGACUUUACCGCGGCCCGUCCCCAGAUCCAGCGCCGCGCUGCGAAACCUGAACUGGCGCCGGCGGCCUCGGAGCUGGAGGCGCGUCAGUCCGUGGGCCGCUGCGGCCCGGACUACGACAACCAGGUCUGCGACGAUGGAUACUGCUGUUCCAGCGCAGGAUGGUGCGGUCAAGGGUAUCUCUACUGCUCUGCGCCGUCGUGCAUGAUUGAGUACGGCCCGGCAUGCGAUGCCAACAUCCGCCCAGACGGGCCGGACACGACCAACGUCGCUCGCACUAAGGUUGGCCCGGUGCCUUACGGCGAGGCCAUCUAUCACUGCGAGCAGUACGGCGACAUUGCUUUGAGUUUUGAUGACGGCCCUUACAUCUACACCGAGGAUCUGUUGGACAAGCUGAAGGCGUACAAUGCCAAGGCUACCUUCUACAUCACCGGCAACAACCUCGGCAAGGGCAAGAUCAACGACCCGACCACCAACUGGCCUGCUCUGAUCAGACGCAUGAUCGCCGAGGGCCACCAGGUUGCUAGCCACACUUGGUCUCACCAGAGACUCACCACCAUCAGCGCAGAGAAGUUCCGCAACCAGAUGAUCUACAACGAGAUCGCUUUUGCCGACCUGCUGGGUUACUUCCCGACUUACAUGAGACCCCCUUACUCCGCCUGUGACGCUACUUGCGAAGGCUACUUGGAUGACCUCGGCUACCACAUCACCUACUUCAACCUGGACACUGAGGGCUACCUCCACGACAGCCCAGAGCUCAUCCAGGACUCCAAGGACAUCUGGGACGACAACGUCGAAGGCAAGGACCCCACUAACACCAAGUGGCUGCAAAUCGAGCACGACCCUGUCUACCAGUCCGUCUACAACCUGACAGACCACAUGCUCGAGUCCCUUUUCCGCAACGGCUUCAAGUCCGUCACUGUCGGAGAGUGCCUCGGCGACCCCCAGGAGAACUGGUACCGCUCCGUCGGCGAUGCCCCGCCCAGCUCCGGCACGACCACUACCCGCGCCACUGCCACCACCCUCACCACCUCCGUCGCUUCUCCCACAGGAACCCUCACGCCUUCCACAGACGGCCGCUGCGGCCCCAACUUCGGCUUCACGACCUGCGUCAACGAGCCCGGCGCCACGUGCUGUUCCUCCGCCGGCUGGUGCGGCAACACCGCCGACCACUGCGGCGCGUCCUGCCAGCCCCUCUACGGCACCUGUGCCAUUUCGGGCGCGUCAACUUCGAUUCUCUGCGCCGCCGUCGUCAUCGACGCCUGCGAGCUCAUCUACACCCGUCAGCUCGGCUAA